UUGGGUACUUUUCUCUUACCCCGUAUUACCAAAUUCUUGGGGAUAGGAAAACCCUAGAAGCACAGUCUCUGGAAACUUCUACAAUGACUGCUCAAAAUCGAUAAAUUUCUCCUCCAUUUCUCCUUUUCUCAAUCUGCAAAUCUUCUCUUGAGCCUUCGUGUUCGUCUUUAUCUUCGUCGUCCUCGGUCAUCUCAGCGAUUUCGAUCUGAAUCCUCUGCUUUGCGUUCUCUUCCCCCAAACCCAGAAGAAGAAUUCUCGGGUUCCCUACAGUCCGGCAAUGGCGAAGUUCGGCGAAGGCGACAAGCGGUGGAUCGUGGAGGAGAGAUCCGACGGAACCAACGUGCACAACUGGCACUGGGCGGAGACCAACUGUCUCGAAUGGUCUCGGAGCUUCUUCAAUAAGCAUCUCUCCGGCGCCGUCGUUCUCGCUGGAGAAGGGAACCUCUUCCUGAAGAUCAAGCGGAUCGAGAAGGUCGACGGCGAGGCCUACGUCAAUGUACGGAAGGGAAAAAUCAUUCCCGGCUAUGAGCUCAGCGUUUCGGCGUCGUGGGAAGGUGAGGCGAAGGAUUCGGAAGAGAAGACACUUUUGAAGGCCGAAGGGUUGGUGGAGAUGCCGUACAUCUCCGACGAGAACGCCGGAGAGGAUCCAGAGAUCAGGUUCUCGGUGAAGGACGAAGGACCGAUCGGGAAAACGUUGAAGGAGGCGAUGGCGGCAAAGGGGAAACCGUUGAUUUUGGAGAAAGUUAGGGUUUAUGUUGAGAGCAUGGCGAAAGGGGGUCCGUGCAAGGACGAGCUAGAGGCAAAGAAGGUAGCACCGAAAUCUGCAGCUCCGGCAGCGAAGAAGGACAGUGGUGGUUAUCCGGUGGCAGCGGCGGAGAAGAAGAAGAAGAAGAAGGAGAAGGAAGAGAAGAAGGGUUUCAAGACGAUUGCUUUGACCGAGAAAUUCAACUGCAGAGCUAAGGAUAUGUAUGAGAUUUUGAUGGAUGAGAAUCGAUGGAAGGGUUUUACACAGAGCAAUGCCAAGAUCAGCAGAGAAGUUGGUGGGCAGAUCAGUGUGUUCGACGGAUCGGUCACGGGGACGAAUUUGGAGCUUGAAGAAGGCAAACUUAUCGUCCAAAAAUGGCGGUUCGGAAGCUGGCCUGAUGGCCUCGAUUCAACCGUAAAGCUCACUUUGGAGGAGCCUGAACCAGGGGUCACCAUUGUCAAGCUAAUUCACACCGAUAUUCCUGAAGAAGACAGAUACGGGAACGCAACUGUGGCGGAGAACACUGAGAGAGGAUGGAGGGAUCUGAUAUUCCAGAGGAUUCGUGCGGUUUUCGGUUUUGGAAUAUGAUUUGCUGUUUUGGUUCCAAGUUAGAAACUUUCUUCUUCCUCCCUCGAAUGGAGGAGAGGGUUUCCAUCCAUUCCAAGUCUACGCUUUCAUAUUCUUGGGGUCCUGCAUUUCCAUGAACCAAAUCUCUCUUGGAAAGUGCCGUCGGAAGUCUGGCGAUGAAUCUCUCUUUCUAUCGGUCUUGCAUUUGCGUUGUGGUUUGCAUCUAAUAACAAUGUUGUUUCUUGAUCUUUUAAGAAAUCCAAAAUGGUAAAGACAGUCAAUGCUUUUUGGCCAUUUUA